GACCGAUCCCGCUAUGGAAUAUUCAAAUUGAUAUUUCCAUUUCAGUGUAUGAUAUAUUCGGCAUGCUGCGCCGUGGCGGCACAGGGUAGCCGAGUGAAGGAAGGCACCAUGCAAGAGGGCGACAUGAGACCAGGACGACGAGGACAGUUUGACACUCCAAACGUGUGAGCCGCAAGAUGGCACAGCAGCUGUGCCUUUGACGGCGAUCAAGCAUCCUUCCCACGUCGACAUCGUCUGAUUAAACGGCAUCAUGGCUUUUUGCAAUGAAAGCCUGCUGGAGGGCUGCGACCUGAUGGAGCCGGAUGACGUCGUUGAAACCACAAAGAGCAUCCCGUCCGACCCGGGGGCGCCUCUCAUAUCGGUCACGUUGCGCGUGACUCUGGCCGCCGUCAUGAUCUUCAUGAUCACCAUCGGAUUCCUGGGCAACUCCAUCGUGUGCUUGAUCGUCUACCAGAAGCCGGCCAUGCGGUCCGCCAUCAACCUCCUCCUCGCCACGUUGGCCUUCUCGGACAUCAUGCUGUCGCUCCUGUGCAUGCCCUUCACCGCCGUCACGCUAGGGAGCGGCGACUGGAGUUUCGGGAGAGGAUUCUGUCGUGCCUCCAUCAUGCUCUACUGGCUCUUUGUCUUGGAGGGCGUGUCCAUACUCCUCAUCAUCAGCGUGGACCGCUUUCUCAUCAUCGUACAGCGCCAGGACAAGUUGACGCCGCACAGAGCAAAGGUCUUGAUCGCAGGUUCGUGGUUGUUAAGUUUAUGCAUCUCUUUACCGUCCAUCGUGGGCUGGAGGACAGGCGCUGCAGACAUAGGGGAUGCCUGGGCGCCGCAGUGCGUGCUGGGUUACAGUGAGUCCGUGGCUGACCGGGCCUAUGCCAUCCUCUUGGCGGUUGCGGUCUUCUUCGCCCCCUUUUCCGUCAUGCUCUACUCUUACUUGUGCAUCCUUAGCACAGUUCGCCACAACACCCUGCGCGUCCACAGCCACGCCAGCGAGCACUCCUGCCUGCCGGCCCUCAACCAAGUCAGCAAACGGAGGCUCAUCGGGCUGCAGAGACACCCCCACAUUAAAGUGGACAUGAGCUUCAAAACCAGGGCCUUCACCACCAUCCUCAUCCUCUUCGUGGGCUUCUCAGCAUGCUGGCUGCCAUACACCGUGGUGAGCCUGCUGGCCGUCUUCAGCCGCCGCUUCUACUACAGCCCGGCCUUCUACCCCAUCAGCAUAGGUGCCCUGUGGCUCAGCUACCUGAAGACGGUUUUCAAUCCCAUCAUCUACUGCUGGAGGAUCCGAAAGUUCCGGGAGGCGUGUCAGGAAUUUGUCCCGAAAAGCUGCCGUCUGUGUCCAAAAGUGGCAGGACGGAGCCGAAGGAGGGUGCGACCAAGCAACAUUUACGUCUGCAGCGAGACGCAGUCGGCAGUGUGAAAGACGCAAAAUGUCUACUUUUUAUGGUUAAUCUGAUCAUCAACAAUGACUACAUACAAAUUUCCUCCCUCUUUCUUGUGAUUUUUACGUCAUCUGUGUUGGUUUUCACUGCGGACAUGUUGACUAUUUUUUAGAGCGAAAACGUAUAAAGACGCCUCUGCUGGUUGCAGCCAAGUAGCCCACUCCAUUUAAAGGCCAUCAAUUAACAAUCAAUAUUACGCAAUUGACGGAAUUGUUAACAAUUGAAUAAUUUAUUUAUUUUUUACUAGUAAUGUUGUGGUUGAAAAUGUCUAUCUGAAUGUUACGAACCCCUGUUUCCAUGCCACCAUUGUAUCGAACAGAAUAAUGUUGCAAUAACGAAGGCUAUAGUUUAGCUUUCGACAGCUGACAUAUUGAAUUUUUUUUUAGAGCAGAAACGUGUUAAGACUUAAUCAACAGCACCUCUGCUGGUUGCACACUCUAUUUAAAGGGGAACUGCACUUUUUUCUUUUAAUUUUGCCUAUCGUUCACAAUCAUUAUGAAAGACAUUACGACGGAUUUUAAAAAAAAAUCCAUUUUAACUCAUAAAACCCAAUUAAAAACAUCCAAAAACCGCCAACAAUACUCUAUUUACAUUUUGUGACUUCAAUAUUUAGCAAGUAUUGGUGAUAUUGUUUAUAAGCGCUAACACACAACAAGCCGUGAUCACAAACUAUGUGAACAAUAUCGACUGAUCAGCUGUAUCCUAGCUUUCCUGCUUGUGGAAGUUCAUUGUAGAUCAUAAAUCGUGCCUCUCACCUGGAGAGUAGAAGGAUGAGGAUGUAAUCCAACAAGUUGGUACACUUUGACAGCCUAUUUAGACCUGAAAUGGCGAAAAAC